AUGUUUAAACCUAAUUUCUCAGGGUAAUCCAAAUCACUGCCUUAAGAUGACUUUGAAAAGUAUAUCAAGACAACAUUAUAGGAAAAUUACUACAUGACUUGUUUGGAUACAUGUUUUGCUGAUUACUCUACACCUAUUUGUAUGAAAAAUAUUUGUAUUUCACAUGUAGCAGGACAAGAGAAGGUUUGUUUGGCUAAGUGUCUUGACAGAGCAUAUGAUUCAUUACGACUGGUACAAAAGAUCAUUGAUCCUUUCGACAAUAUGAAACAGAAGAAGUUUUACUAUAAAUUAGACGGAUAGAAUGUGUUAGGUUUGAAGAAGGAUUAAAUGUUGUGA